AAAUUCCUGCACCUCAGUCCUGUCCCAACCAUCAAAUUCGUCUUGAUCAAACUAUCAGAGCACAUAUGGCACUCACUCACCUCCUCUGCUCCCUCCUCCUUGCCACCGCAUUGCUGCUGCUCUCCAUCUCCCGUACAGAGGCUGGCGAGGUGGGCGUGUGCUACGGGAGGGACGCGGACGAUUUGAUGGAUCCACCGGCCGUGGUGAAUCUUCUGAAGGAGAACGGCAUCACGAAGGUGAGGAUCUACGACGCCGACCCGACGGUGCUGAGAUCGCUGUCCAACACAGGCAUCAAGGUGAUGGUGGCACUACCCAACAAGGACCUUGCUUCUGCAGGCCACGAUCAGGGAAGUGCGCUAGACUGGGUGAAAACAAACAUUGUUCCGUACUAUAACCAGGGCACACAAAUCAAUGGUGUGGCUGUGGGGAAUGAGGUGUUCAGGCAAGCACCCAACUUGACCCCUCAGCUGUUACCGGCGAUGAAGAAUGUGCAGACGGCGCUAGCGAGACUGGGCCUUGCCGACAUCAUAAAGGUAUCAACACCCAUUAAUUUUGAUGCGGUCAAUGUGUCAUGGCCAUCAUCCAAGGGUGUGUUUCAAGACAGCAUCGCCCAGUCGGUAAUGAGUCCCAUGAUCGAUUUCUUGCAACAGACCAACUCAUAUCUCAUGGUCAAUUUCUACCCAUAUAUUGCCUGGGCUAACUCUAAAGGCCAGAUCUCCCGCGAUUACGCUACAUUUGGCCCCAACGCCGGUGUAGUCGAUCCGUGGAGCCACAUCACAUACUAUAGUCUCUUUGAUGCCCAGCUCGAUGCUGUUUACUACGCUAUAAAUCAGGUUUCUGGUGAUAGUGUGAGGGCCUCAAUGGCCCAAACAAGAUGGGGGCACCCGACACCAAGGGUGCCCGUCAAAUGUUCGGAAUGUGGGCAUCCCUCCGGUGGUCAGUUCCGCAAGUUGACCACACAAGCUGAUGCCGAAGUGGAUGUGGCUACAAAAGCUAACGCCCAAGCAUUCAACAAUGGUAUUAUCAGACGCGCUCUGUUUGGAGCCUCUGGUAUGCCUGAUGUCUCUGUGUACAUCUUCGCUCUUUUCAACGAGAACAAGAAGGCUGGAGCAUCUGUAGAACGCAACUUCGGCCUGUUCUACCCUAACGGUACAAAGGUUUACGAGGUUGAUUUUCAUGGUGGUGGUAUUUGUCCCACCAAGGCGAGCUGGUGCGUGGCAAAUUUAGCUGUGGGGAAUUCCCGGCUGCAGGCGGCGUUGGAUUGGGCUUGUAGUAACGGCGCAGACUGCAGCGCUAUCCAACAGGGCAAACCUUGCUUCGAGCCAAACACAAUGGUUGCGCAUGCGUCUUUCGCAUUCAAUGACUACUACCAGCGGAUGGGCCAAGCCAAUGGGACAUGCGACUUUGCUGGCGCUGCUUAUAUUGUCUUCCAACCAUCAGAAAGCAUUUGCGACCCAAAUCCAAGUUGGUGUAUCGCGAACCCUGCAGUUGGGGACAUGCGGCUACAGGCAGCCCUAGAUUAUGCAUGCGGCAGCUGUGCAGACUGCAGCGCCAUCCAGCCCGGUGCACGGUGUUUCGAGCCUAACACUAAGGUGGCGCACGCAUCCUACGCAUUCAACGACUAUUACCAGCGUGUUGGCCGAGUCAGUGGCUCGUGUGACUUCGGUGGUGCUGGUUCCAUUACCUACCAGGCACCAGAGAUUGGAAACUGCGUCCUUCCGCCAAUGCUUGAACUGGACAAAGCGUACUGAAGACCGAGGGCUAAGCUAGCUACCAUCAGUUCGCGAUAGUGGGGAUGGAUAUCGAAGAACAAGUCCACAUCGUUUGGCAAAAAUAAAAUGAUAUGUUUGUAGCAGUUUUUCCAGUCGGGUCUAUUGAAAUAAGUAAAUAUACCGUUCAUUCCUGUUGGAUGAAAUUCCUCAGUUACAUACCCUGAGCAAUUUAUCAUGUAUGUGCAUAUGAUCAGACUCCUAAGCAGAACUGAAAACAUGAAGAAGUAUUUAUUUAUUUA